AUGAAUGAAAUUGCGUUAUAUGAUUCAAUGAUGUUUGAUGCUUUGUCCGUUAGACUGAGAAACGUUAUGCAGCUGCAUAACAGUUUAGUGGUCUAUCGUUCGAUUCGUCUAAAAUUCAAAGAACACU